UCCGGGCGCGGCUGUGGGCGGGGCUCCGGGCGCGGGCCGGACGCCAUCAUGGCGGCGCGGCAGCUGCUGAGGGCGGCUCCGGGGCGGCGCGGCUACAGCGGCGCGGGCGCCGCCGAGUUCCUGCACCGCAGCAUCGUGCCCACCAUGCACUACCAGAAGAGCCUGCCCAGACUGCCAGUUCCCAAGCUAGAAGAUACAAUUACGAGAUACCUGAAUGCCCAGAAACCACUUUUAAAUGAUGACCAGUUCAGGAAAACUGAAGAACUUGCUCAUGCCUUUGAAAAGGGGAUUGGAAGAGAGCUGCAUGAGGAACUGGUUGCUCAAGACAAUCAGAACAAGCACACAAGUUACAUCACAGGUCCCUGGUUUGACAUGUACCUAAAAGCACGUGAGCCUGUUCUUUUGAAUUUUAAUCCAUUUAUGUCUUUUAAUCCUGAUCCGAAAUCGGAAUACAACGAUCAGCUCAUACGAGCUACAAACAUGACUGUUUCUGCCAUACGUUUUAUGAAGACCUUCAGGGCUGGUUACCUUGAGCCAGAGGUUUUUCACCUCAAUCCAGAAAAAAGUGACACUGAGAUCUUUAAAAAAAUUAUCCGAUUUGUGCCUUCCUCAAUUUCCUGGUUUGGUGCCUACAUGGUCAAUGCUUACCCCCUAGAUAUGUCUCAGUACUUCAGGCUUUUCAACUCUACACGGCUUCCUAAGCUCGACAAAGAUGAGCUUUAUACAGAUGAAAAGGCAAAACAUUUGUUAGUGUUGAGAAAUGGAAAUUUUUAUGUGUUUGAUGUUAUUGAUAGAGAUGGAAACAUGCUGAAACCCUCAGAAAUACAUGCACACUUGAAAUACAUCCUUAGUGACAACAGUCCGGCCCCGGCCUUCCCUCUUGGCUACCUCACCAGUGAAAACAGAGACACAUGGGCAUUGCUGAGGAAGAAUCUACUGGACAAUGGCAAUGAAGAAGCUCUUCAGAAAGUAGACUCUGCUGUGUUUUGUUUGUGUUUAGAUGAUUUUCCCAUUAAAGACUUAGUGCACUUGUCCCACACUAUGUUGCAUGGAGAUGGUGCAAACCGCUGGUAUGACAAAUCCUUUAGUCUUAUCAUAACUAAGGAUGGCACUGCAGGGAUUAAUUUUGAACAUUCCUGGGGAGAUGGUGUGGCUGUGCUCAGGUUCCAGAAUGAGGUUUUUAAAGAUAGCACCACGACACCAGCCAUCAGCCCCCAGUCCCAGCCUGCUUCAGUUGACUCUUCCAGAGCAGUGCAGAAACUUGACUUUAAGCUGAACGAUGCCUUAAAAGCAGGGAUUACCAAAGCCAAACAGAAGUUUGAUGCUACUGUAGAAUCACUGUCUCUUAACAUGAUUCAGUUCCAAGAAGGGGGCAAGGAGCUGCUGAAGCAGAAGAAGGUGAGCCCAGAUGCUGUGGCUCAGCUGGCCUUCCAGAUGGCUUUCCUUCGCCAGUACGACCAGACUGUUGCCACGUACGAGUCCUGCAGCACUGCAGCUUUCAAGCACGGCCGCACAGAGACCAUCCGGCCUGCCUCUGUCCACACAAAGAAAUGCUCUGAAGCCUUUGUCAAGGGGCUCUCCAGACACAGCACUGAGGAGCUGCAGAAUCUGAUAGUGGAGUGCUCCAAGUACCACGGCCGCUUGACGAAAGAGGCUGCUAUGGGCCAGGGCUUUGACCGGCACCUCUUCAGCCUGCGCUACCUGGCCUUAUCCAAGGGGCUGGCGCUGCCGGAGUUCUAUCAAGACCAAGCCUACGCUCGCCUCAAUCACAACAUCAUUUCCACCAGCACCUUGGUGAGCCCGGCUGUGCAGCUAGGAGGGUUUGGCCCCGUGGUGUCUGAUGGCUUUGGAGUAGGGUAUCAGGUGCAAGAUGACUGGAUAGGUUGUAAUGUUUCCUCUUACCCAGCUAGGAAUGGUAAAGAAUACCUUGAGUGUAUAUACAAGUCACUAGAAGAUAUCUUUAAUGUUUUAAAGGGUAAGAAAAUUGGGAGUUAGACAUAAAGACAUUGGAACACUUUACAGUUGCAGAACAAAAUGCAGAUGAUGUCUAACUGACAUACUAAUCAGUGUUCAACAUGGAUGAGACUGCCCAGCCUAACUGGGUUCAUGUGUCAUCACUGAACUUGAAUACUGUUAAAUUCACUAGGAAAUUUCUAUCUAUUUCAAAGAAAUCAAUUACAGACCUUGAAUGCAUUUCAGGAAAUACAGACAUUAACUACAUCAAAUGAAGUAACAGAUCCAUGUGUUCUUAAAACACAUAAUCUAAAAUAGGCAUUUUUAUUGAGUUAAUGAACUUGGAACACCUGUGUUCCAUGAAUGUUUGGACAGACUACAGUACUGUGAUACCACUCUUGAACUGUUUGGUUUUAAAAAAAAUACAUGCAAUAAUUUUAAACAUGGAAGAGUGGUUCCAUUUGCACUCUUGCAGUAAGCUUGCUUACUAACUUAUCUCUUUAAACUUGAAUUUAUAUCAGAACUGAUUGUGCCUCAACUGCUUGAAGCCUUUCCACUAUAACAGCUUUUAGAGACACAAAAAAUGAAGUGGGAAGCUUUAAGAAACCUGCAGUCACCAACUAGGUUGUUAAACUGACUGAAACUACUGUAUUUUAAUAAAGCUGCCUAUUAAUAACCACAAAGUUCUUUUAUUGCCAUAUCUAAAUCAUACAGCACGGGGAGACCCUUUAUCAAUAGCUCAUGUUCCUUAAAAAGGUUGGAAAGAAAACUGCUGCAAGCAUUCUGCACUCUGUCUGGUAUGUAGAUCUUGAAUUCCUCCCUUUUACCCUCUUGAUUUCCACUCUUUUUCUUCUGGGAGGCCAAGUCUUUCUGUGGAGCUGAAUUGCACAGUGGUUUUGGCUUCUGUGAUCUGUGUAAGACUGAUGCAGCUCAUGACCCACUGGCAUGGACAACCAAAUGUAUCAGCAGAACAGGAAGGUCUGAGCAUAUUGGUUGGACGUGAGAGAUCAGGUUGAGAGGCUCAGAAACUACUUCCCUUUGCUCUUCCUUUGGGUAUCUCAGUUUCCAGGUUCUCCCAGGGUCUUUUUCAUUUAGCACAGUAAGUGUAAGCAAUACCCUGUCCUGGAAGUAUGAAAUAAAAGUGCUAGCAGGGGAAAGCCUUUCAUUUGUAAGCCUGAAGGCUUUACUCUUGUAAUGUUCUAGUUUGCAGCUGAAAAGCAGUGUUUUAAAACUGACUUGAAAAUGUAGCAUGAUUGUUUUUGUUCAUUUAAACAAAGAAGGAAGGUGAUAAUUUGGGAAGAUGCAGGAAAUAGCGUAUCAGGAAACAAUUACCAGACCAAAAGUCUGAAUAAAAUUCACUAAAGACUG